AUGGUCGCCGAAGCGGAAGCCAUUGAGGCCAGGCAGCAGGCCAUCUUCCGCCAGCUUCUUGGCCUCCAACCCAUGCCCAUGUGGUUCGCUGCCGGUAUCCCCCAAUCCUGGCACUGGACCCUGCUGGCCCAAUAUAUUUCCUCCUGUCCGGAGAACAACACUCGGCUGGUUUGGCAGAAUUUCCCCAACCUGUACAUGGUCAACCAGGCCAAUCCCAACCACAUCAAACCCAAUGCUACCGCGGCAUGGGAAGUUGUCGGCAACUGCACUGGUGAUCCCAGCAACUCGACAAUCCCAGAGGCCCAGUCCCGCAUCUACAACAAUGUCAUGGGCUAUAAUUGCGGCCCCGCCAUUUCUCGCGACAAGUAUGAUCCGCUCACAUUCCCCGGACGAAAGUCGAGCUCACCUGGGAUGACCCAGGUCAUGCUUUGGGAUUGUACCAGGCUGGUUGAUAUAAUUCUGUAA